UGUUCCAUGGAUGACCCUGUUCCUCUUUUUCACAAGUCCUUUCAGCCAGGAGACCUCAUAAUUGCUGGCAUUAUUUCUCAGAUUUAUAUCUUUUCUGACCGCAUAACGUUUGGAAGACACCCUUCUCAGGAACUAUCUGAUGAUAUCAUCUAUUUCAGUUCAAUCAGGAUCUAUCAAGCAUCAAUGGAUCUUCUGUCUACAAGGGACCGGUUCAUCCCUAACUACAAGUGUGAUGCAAAGAGAAAUCUGGUAGCUGUCAUAGGAGGCCCUACUUCUGACAUAGAUCUCCACAUGGCCGAUGUGUUUAACAUUUACAAGAUUCCACAGCUAAUAUAUGGAUCUACUUCUGUGGUGACUGAGAAAAGCCAGUCCCCUUUCUCCCACUGGAUGUUUCCAAAUGCAGCCCAUCAAUAUCAGGGGAUUCUCCACUUACUGCUGCAUUUUAGCUGGAUGUGGAUUGGAUUGUUUUAUCUGGAAGCUGAAAGCAUAGAAGAAUUCAUACAGAAUGUUGUUCUUUCUUUCUCCCAAAGGGGUGUCUGCUUUGAUGUCAUACAGUCAUUACAAGCAAUAUGUUUUUCUGAUGGUAUCACUGAACUUGUAGAAAAGGGACUAGAAAUGUACAAGACUGCUGUUGCAAGCUCUGCUACUGCAAUGGUCAUUCAUGGUGAAAUUCAGACAAUAAUCAGCUUGAGGACGAUGCACCAAUUUGCAGAAUGUGAGGAUGCACCAAUUCAAUCAAAAGGUAAAGUUUGGAUUAUGACAGCCCAGAUGGAGUUCACAUCACUUCCCUUCCAAAGAAAUUGGGACACAGACAUCAUCAUUCAUGGGGCCUUAUCGUUUGCACUUCACUCAGAGGAGUUGUUUGGAUUCUACAGAUUUCUUCAAAUGGAAAAUCCUAAUUUGGAGAUAGAAGAUGGUUUCAUUAAGGCCUUCUGGCAAAAGGCAUUUCAAUGUUCAUUCCCCGAUUCCACAGCAGUAAGCAAAGAGGGGCAGGUCUGCACUGGAGAGGAGAAGUUGGAGACGCUUCCAGCAUCUGUCUUUGAAAUGCGGAUGACCGGCCAUAGCUACAGCAUCUACAAUGCUGUCUAUUCUGUGGCACAUGCUUUGCAUGUCAUGCACAUAUCCCAGUUCAGACACAGAACGAUGGCUGAUGGAGGAAGAAGACAGCUUUUGAAUUGGCAGUUGUGGCAGCUUCAACAAUUCCUAAGAGCUGUCUCCUUUAACAACACUGCCAUGGAACAUGUUUCCUUUGACCAAAAUGGGGAAUUAGUGGGUGGAUUUGAUGUUCUGAACUGGGUCACGUUCCCAAAUCAGUCUUUUCUUAGAGUCAGAGUUGGAAGGAUAGACCCAGACAUUCACUCAGAGAACCUGUUCAUCAUUCGUGAGGAUGCCAUUGUGUGGCCCAGCAAGUUCAACCAGACACCACCCCUUUCUCAGUGCAAUGAGAAGUGCCAUUCUGGUUAUAACAGGAAAAAGAAGGAAGGAAAACCGUUUUGCUGCUAUGAUUGCCUUCCAUGUCCAGAAGGGAAGAUUUCAAAUAAGAAGGACAUGGAUGACUGUUUUCCAUGUGCAGAAGAUCAUUAUCCAAGCAACGAGCAGAACCACUGCCUUCCAAAAGAUAUCAACUACUUGUCUUAUGAAGAACCUUUGGGGGUCAGUUUGGCUAUCUUUGUCUUUGCCUUCUCGUUCAUCACUGUUUGGGUGCUCAGGGUCUUCAUUAAGCACCAGGACACUCCCAUAGUCAAAGCCAACAACCGGUGUCUGACCUACACUCUCCUCAUCUCCCUCCUGCUCUCCUUCCUCUGUGCUUUGCUAUUCAUUGGCCACCCUGGGAAGGUGACCUGUCUCCUUCGACAAAUGACUUUUGGCAUCAUCUUCUCAGUAGCUGUUUCUUGCUUGUUGGCCAAAACUAUCAUUGUGGUUCUGGUUUUCAUGACCACCAAGCCAGGGUCCAGAAUGAGAAUAUGGAUGGGAAAUCAACUGGCCAUCUUCAUUGUUCUUUUCAGCUCUCUUAUACAAGCCAUUAUAUGCACUGUCUGGCUGGCAACAUGUCCUCCAUUCCCAGAUGUUGACAUGCACUCAAUGACUGAAGCAAUUGUCCUGCAAUGUAACGAAGGGUCGGUCACCAUGUUUUAUUGUGUCUUGGGCUUCCUGGGCUUCCUGGCAAUUGUCAGCUUCACUCUGGCUUUCCUAGCCAGGAAGUUACCUGACACUUUUAAUGAAGCCAAAUUCAUUACUUUCAGCAUGCUGGUCUUUUGCAGUGUUUGGUUGUCCUUCGUUCCAACCUAUUUGAGCACCAAGGGAAAAUACAUGGUGGCUGUGGAGAUCUUCUCUAUUUUGGCCUCCAGUGCUGGGUUGCUAGGCUGUAUCUUUCCCCCCAAAUGCUAUAUUAUUUUUCUGAGGCCAGACCUGAAUAGUAGGAACCAGAUAAUAUGGAGAAAGCACUGUAAGCAACAACAACCUUAA